GAAAAGCUUUGGGGUAAGUACAAGGGACAUUUCAUACUUUUUUGGGAGCAAAACAGGCUCCAUUUUGAAGCUGACUUAUCUUUGUUUGUCGGACAUAAACACCAGUGAUAUUUCCCCUGCAAUCAGGUGGUAUGGGGCCAGGACCUGCAGUGGAGUCAGGAAUAAGCAUAGCAGUGGAAAAUCUUUGGGGAAGAUCAGGGGGAUCUUGGGGAGGUUCCCUGGACCUGUAGGAGCAAGAGAGGCUCCAUUUUGGAGCUGACUUAUCUUUUUUUGGGAGACGUGAACACCAGUUGUUCCAAUUGAGCUCAGGGCCUUGGGAUUAUGGGUUUCCAUCUGUGCUGGGCUGUCCAUCUGCAAGGCAGAUGGGAAGCACAGGAGGAGCAGCCUCCUGCUCCUCUCUCCCAUGCUGCCCUCCCCUGCACAGCCCUGCUCACCGGGCUUCUGGUCUGGAAUUGGUAUCCUUGCUCAUUUUGGACUGACUUAGAAAAUAAUGCCUCAUUGAUUUUUCCACUGCCAUCAGGUGAUGUGGGGCCUCGACCUGCAGUGGAGUCAGGAGUAAGCAUAGCAGUGGAAAAGAUUUCGAGAUACGAACAGCAGUUGAUCGAAUUGAGCUCACACCUUUGGGAUCACCUGUUUCCAUAUAUGUUGGAUUGUCCAUCUGCAAGGCAGAUGGGAAACACAGUAGGAGCAGCUGCCUGCUCCUCUUUCUUAUGCUUACCUCCCUUGCAUAGCCCUGCUCACCGAGUUUCUGGUCUGGAGUUGGUUUCCUUGGCCAGUGUGGUCUCAGUCUACCAGCAAGGCACAGUUGACAAGGCCACUGCAAUCUGGUGGUGUGGUGCCAGCACCUGCAGUGGGGUCAGGAGUCAGCCAAGCAGUGGAAAAGCUUUGGGACAUAAACACCAGUGAUAUUUCCCCUGCAAUCAGGUGGUAUGGGGCCAGGACCUGCAGCGGAGUCAGGGGUAAGCAUAGCAGUGGCAAAUCUUUGGGGUAAGAUCAGGGGGAUCUUGGGGAGAUUCCCUGUCCCUGUAGAAGCAAGACAGGCUCCAUUCUGGGCCUGACUUAUUUUUUUGGAGGAGACGUGACCACCAGUUGUUCCAGUUG